GAAAUUUUAUGCAUAAGAAAAUUACACACUUAGAAAAGUUAGAAAAAUGUUAUUUCUGGAGCCCUGUAACAAUGGUGGAAAUGUGGAUAAUAUGGCACCAUUUCCAGGCUCACUACACCAGGUGGAGUAACCUGAGAUGAUACCACGGUAAUGAAUGCACUUCUAAUGUAUAAUGGUGAACCAACCUCAGUUUCCAGUUGGUAAUU